CAAUUGGCAUUCAAUCAAGAAAAUGGCGGCGACGGCCGGGUUGGGCCCUUUAUUGUGCUCUUGGAUGGUAGAAAAAAUGUUUUGAGUAUUUGAUAAUAACUAUCUAGCUUUUAAGAUUUAGUGCAUUUUUUUAAAUUAAUAACGCUGGGGCUUCAUAUUUAUCUCCCACCACAAUUUCGUCGGAUAAAGAAUUAUGGAAGAGGAGGAAGGGUUCGGAAAUGUUCCAUCCGAUGACCCCAAAUCAUUGCAAGAAAAUUGCCACAAAGAAAGAGAAGGGGUGGAGGAGGAGGAGAGGAGGGCUGGGAUGAGGUGUCACCAAGACCUGAGGGAAACCUUGGAUGACCAGCCCAGUGAACUGGAUGCUGCACCUCUUGCUGUCUCAGAUUCCCUCCUCCCCCUUGUGUCACUGCACUGUUACCCCCAUCAGUCCACUGAAAGUGUUGAUUUUGAUUUGGAGCUCACUGCAGAAGUAAGAGUGGAAGAUGGGUCAUCCCUCGCUUUCUUGUCUUCUAUCUACCAUAGCUUCCAUAGUCGAAAGUCAGGCACCCUUUUGGAUCGUCUGCCCUUGCAGUCCUCAACAAGGAAAUCCAAACAGGAAGAGCAGUUUUUGAACAAUUGCCAGUGUCCCACUUUUCUACCAGUGCAGCCCCAAGUCAUCAGUAUAACCCCUGCAUCUAUAAGAAAGACAAUUCCUGUUUCCCUAUUAGGUGCAGUGCAGGCACCGAAAAGCCCCCUGUCUUCCUGCCCCUCUACACCAUCCUCCCCUUCAUCGGCUCCCUCGUCCCCUUCAUCUUCCCCCUCAUCCUCAUCUUCUUCUGCUGUUGCCACUGCAACCAGUUUCCACGACAGCAGUCGUGCCUGUGCAGGGGUCUCCCAGUCCGAGGGGGGUGCGGUUUCUUCCACCUCCAUGCCUCUUCCCAUUCUGUCACUUCCUCUGUCCUCCAAUCCCUCUGUCCACCACUGUUCCACACCCUCCCAUCCCGGCUCUGGAGAGGACCAAGAGAAUGUGGAGAUAUAUGACCCUUUCCACCCAACGGAGGGAGAAGGGGAGCCAGAGGGAGGAGCAGCCAAAGAAGAAGAGAAGGAAGAGGGAGACAAAUAUGACCCCUUCGAUCCCACUGGCUCACCUGCCUCAGAGCGAGAAAAGGAGCGAAGGGUGGAGCACAUGGUUAGUAUGGAGAGUGACGGGAGAGAGACCAUGGUAUUGACAGGGGAACAAAAAGCAGGGAGUGACGAGGAUGAGAAAGAAAUGUCUCCUUCAUACUUUAUGGCACCACCUCCAGCAUCCCCUAUCUCCACCGAUCUCCCUUCACACCGUCACAGGCACAGGGAAGAGAGAGGCAGAGAUGAGAGGGAGAAAGAGAGGGCAGUCAGGGGCAAAGGACCUAGAGAUCGAGAAAAGGACAAGGGAAAAGGAGGACAAGAAAGGAUAGAGGCUAACUCUGACAACUCUGAAAUUGAGGAAGGGGAAAUAGUGGCAGCAGGUGAAAGUGACAGAAAGAAAGAGAGAAGGAGAGACCGAGAGGGUGUGAGGGGGCAUUUGCUUGACAACUCCUUUCUUCCCUCUUGUCCCAAACCUGAGCGGAUCAUUCGAGUUCUGGAAGGAGAUGAUUUUGUCUCUGUAAGAGCCGAGGGUGACUGGAUGGCAGAGAGGGAUGGAGGGACCACAACAGGUUUGGGGGACUUAAGGAGAAAGCUGGUCAGCAGACGGAACGAGAGAUACAGAUCAUGUCCCUCCUCGGCCUCACUGUCCCCGCCUCCUCCUCUCCCCCUGGCCACACCCCCUCUGUCACUCUCUGUUCCAACAGAGAAGGCAAAGAGCAGGAAGUCAUCAAAGAGCUCCAAGGAAAGGGAGAGACGCAAGCGGAAGCAGGACCGGGAGGGAGAAAAGGGGGGGAAGAGUCAGAGAAAGAGAGUGAAGGAAGGAGGGAGCCAUGAAAGGAAGGAGGGGGGUAAAGACAGUGAGCGUCAAGGUAGAGACAAGGAAAGAAAAGAGGGUGCUAGUUGGAGUCGCAGCAGCAGCAGCAAGAGGAAGAAGAGACAGAGUACACUAGAGCUUUCCUCUCAUUCCCACUCUCACACCUCUCUCCACCAGCACCAUAGCCGGCGCUCCUGGUCGAGCACUGCUGAGGAUCGGCACAAGGAUAGGGACAGAGGCAGGGACAGGGAGAGAGACCGGGAGAGGGACAGGGAAAGGGAACACGAGAGAGACAGAGACCCACACAGGGACAGGGACAGGAACAGAAAUAGGAGGAGGGAUGACAAGGAAAGAAGGAGGGAAAGAGACCAGAGGAGAAAGCGGGAGACGGGAGAGGGAGAUGGGGAGUCCCUCACUGAGGAGAGAGGAGGGUGCAGGCAGAGGGUGAGCCGAGGGCAGGAUUGCGAAAGGGACAGGAGGCGAGAUGGGCGACCUGUGGUCCCCCCGUCCAUCCAAGAUCUCAAUGGUUCAGACCUGUAUGCCAUCAAACGCACCAUUACGGUCACUACCACUACCACCACCACCACUGUACCAGGGUCGCCCCAGUUGCCACAGACAGCCCCUGACACUCUCCCUCUGUCCUCCAACAAACUACGCAAAAAGAAACACAAGAGGAAAAGACAACUGGAGGAAGAGGAUUAUGCCGAAGAUGAGGAGCAGCUGAGUCGAUCCAGAGACUCCUCUCUCACUCCAUUGAGGUACCGCCUUGAUUAUGUUUCGGACCACUUCUCUGACAAACUAGGGGUAGACAUGUUGUCCCUGGAUGGAGAGGCCAUGGAUUCGGACUACUCCCUAGAGGACUCUCCUCUUCCUCUUCCUCUUCCUCUUCCUCAUAUAACCCCAACUCUGAGCACCAAGACCAAACCUAAGCCGAAAUCUGGGACCCACAGCAAAAAGAAAUUGCGAACAGGGAAAAAAAACACUGCCAUGGAGUCUUCAUUCAGACAGAAAGCCAAGAGCCCUCCCUCUCUCUCCCCUACCUCCACUCCCUCCAUCCCUGCGCCCACACUUCCUUUGCCCACAGCCAAACGGGCACGGAAGAUGGGGAAGGAGAAAGAGAAAGUUGGGAAAAAGGAGGGAGGAAGGUCAGGCAAGUCCAAAAGGUUGAGCAGCAACACCAGGAAAGGAAAGCUGCAGUCCAAGGUGUCUGUUCUGGUGCGGGAGGGGGUGAGCAGUACCACUGGUGGGAGCGGGUUGGGGAAAUUGGGUGUCAUUGCGAGCACUAACGAUCUGCCAGGCCCAGGCGGGGCCAGCAGUGGGACUGUUGUGGGCGGGUCUAUAGCGGUGGUCUUCCGAAGGGACAAUGAAAGCAGGUCCCCUUUCCUUAAACCCAGCUCUGAACCAAUCUUGCUCUCAGGAAGGAGUAAAGAUUUUGGCAAAGCCCGGAAAACUAGUACCCUCGUCCACCCAACAUCUUCCUCUUCACGUAUAUCAAUUCUCAAAUCGAAAAAAGCCAAGCCCAGUUCCACUACCUCUGCCUCCUCUUCUGCUGCCUCCUCCCCUUCUUCCUCUUUAACAAAAUGUAGGAGAAAGCAAGGGAGGAAGCAAAGGGAGAAGGAGAAGGGAGGAAUGGGAGUUGAAGGUGAUGGGGCCAAUGCAGCCUCCUGUGUGAAAGGUGGUAGUUGGGCCUCAUCAGACAUUCAGUCUGGGAGCACAGGCAGUGCUAAACCCUCCAGCCCCCCACCAGGGCUUCCUGCCCCAACUCCUUCCUCCUCAUCCUCCUCCUCCUCUACAAGUCUCCCCCCACCCGCGUCUCCUCCUUGCACGCCCCCUCUUUGUAUGCACCUGUCCCGUGACACCAGGGAAUCCACGCCAGACUCUCAGACUGUCGACAGCAGUUGCAAGACUCCUGAGCCCAACUUCCUUUCUGAAGAUGGCCCAGCUCAGUCCCAGACCACCCCGCUCACACCCCCUUUCAAUGUUCCCUCCAGCCCCCUGCCCCUUCAAACUGCCCAGGGGGGUGUCUCGGCAAACCCUGGUGCCUCUGGCAACCUGACAGAUGAGCAGAAAGCUCCUAUUUCACCACCUUGUUCCUCCUCCUCCAACACUCUCUCAGUUGUUCCCUCUUCUGUAGACUCGAACUCUUCUGUCUCCUCCUCUUCUGCCAACAAACCCCCACCACCUCCCCCACCACCUGCUGCCCAGCCCCUGCCCUGGAGCUUGCAGACAGGAGUAGACUGCGCGGCUGGAGGAGUAUUAGCCUUGACAGCUCUUCUGUUUAAGAUGGAGGAGGCAAACCUAGCCAAUCGAGCCAAAGCCCAGGAGUUCAUUCAGGCCACCAGUCAGAUUCUCUGUCAAGCAAACCAGGGCCAGUCGCAGCAGCUACCCCUGCCACCGUCAUCCUCAUCCUCUUCCUCUUCCUCGCAACCACCACCGCCUUCAUCUCUUGCCACACCCCCAGGCCCUCCCCCUGCCCAAUUCAUCCUCCAUACCUCUCUUCCAUUGGUUGGCUGCACCAAGACUCCGCCAUCCCACCUGCAUCCCAGCUUGUCAAUGGCUGGUGGAUGUGCACAGACCCCACCACAUCCCAUGCAUGGGGUGUCUUCAGGGGCGCUUGGGGUCUCAAGUGAGACUGGUUGGGACAGUGAGAGCAAAGAUCCUGAAAAAUUUAUGAAGAAACUCCACACUCAGGAGAGAGCUGUAGAGGAGGUGAAGUUGGCUAUCAAGCCUUACUACCAACGUAAGGACAUCACCAAGGAGGACUACAAGGAUAUUCUGAGGAAGGCCGUAAACAAGAUCUGUCACAGUCGUACUGGAGAGAUCAACCCUGUCAAGGUCAACAACCUGGUCAAGCUCUACGUCCAGAGAUACAAAUACUUCCGGAAGCACGGACGGAAAAUGGAUGAGGAAGAGAGGGAAGGGGAGAGAGAAAGGGUUGGCGGAGGUCUGACCAGCGAUUCAGGGUCACUUCAUUCUUCAAUGUGAUCAGUCCCACUUUAUUUUUCUGCCCCCCCUCUACCAGAGCUCCGCCUUGUAAUGAUGAAAGAGACUGUGAAGCAGAAAUCUGAUUUAUUUUUAUUUUAUUAUUAUAAUUUUUUUUAUUUUUAUAUAUAUAUUCCCCCCCACCCCCCCAGACUAGACUGGCUAUCCCCUUCAUCCAGUUGUUUUCCCAGUCCUUACGCUCUGUAAGCACACUGGUGGAUCACCUUUUCUUUCUCUUGGUCUUUCUAUACAGAUGUAUUGAUAGCAAUUCAAAAUAUACACGGUACCAUGAUAUUGUAGUGAUGAACCCAUAAAUACAAAAUGCAGUCCCAUGGACACUGUAUAUACUGUAAGUACAUCAUGAAUGCACAGACCCUGCCUCUCUUUCCCUCUCCCUCUCCCUCCCCUACACCCAGCUGUGUAUUAGAAGUAUCAUCUGCUGUGUGUUGGUUGGUACAAAUAUAGGGGACUCAGAUUCUAGCUCCUGAGUGUGUCUUAAUUAGCUUAAAUUGAAAGUUUUACCACAAGUAAUCACUACUGUUUUUGGGUCUGUGAUUUAUUGAUAGUACACACAGUGGAGGAAUGUUGACCAAGUGGUUGGACAAGUGAAUGUCUCUGAAAGAUCUCCAGAGGGAUGCAGUGGAGUGUGCAUCCAAAGUAACUACAGGAGUACUGCAAACACUGGCUUCAAUUCACCAUGACAUACCAAUUCCCAGUCAUGUGAAGUCUUUUGUCGUCUCUUACUUAUGCUACUAGUUUAAAAGUCCUGUUCAGUGCUACACCUAGUCUAAACUGCGGAUUGCUAUGUUCUUUGAAAAUAAUCCUUGAUGUUACAUAUGCAGUGUUUGCAUGUGUGAUUACCCUUUUAUGUGCCCCUGUCAGUGCUGGAGGGAUGUUUGUGAAUAUAUAAGCAAGCAGGUUGUAAAUGACCCAGUUUCCUGACAGGAUACUCACAUUUACUCAUACCUACUGUCCAAAGUACAACAAAAACCCCACUCGCAACUUGGUGCAAACUGACUACGAAUAACAGGAUGUUUGCAUCAUUACUGACAGGGGAAAGCAGCACGCAGAUGUACACAGGAUAGGGAACUGGUACUGAUGGAGGAAAACGACAAAGUAAAUUAAGUGGCUACAACAACACGUACUAAAUGUCAAAGUGCCACAGACAUUAUCAACAUGUUCACCUAUUGAUUCUUGAUUCUUAACUUUUAGGAAAAAACUUCUUAUGGUGGGUUUAUCCCCCAAAUGUAUCACUAAAUUUAAUAAACUCUUUAAUUGUU